AUGUGCACUAGCCAUCAAAGGGAAGAAGAUAGCGCAACUACGGGCGAAAGGGCGCUGUUUUUCAACUAUCAUGAGUUUUCGUAUUCAUUUUACGAAGACCUCGGUUCCAAAAACGCUAAACCCACAGAGCAUGACGAAGACCACAAAUUGUGUAUUACACAUUUCCCAAAUGUUUAUGCUGCACGGGGGUCGUCUGAAUUUCAAGUAACCCGGGUGGUACGAGUGCCCCGGAGGUUCGAUGAGUCUCGGAGCAGCCUUGACACGCCACAGUUUAGCACGCAGCUUCCCGGUGAUGAGCCCGCAGCGAUCGUGGGAGACGACGAAAGGUCAGGCUUUGUGGGUUUCGGGCGCUACGACACCGGGGGUCACGUGUUUGGCUGCUCUUCCGUGUCGCCUCUAUCGGAUCACCUUAGUGCGGCGGAGUUCGCAGAAAUAGUUUGCAGGGUAAACGAAUUCUUGCUGCGAGAAGAGGGUUGCGUGUAUGGGUGGCGAAAUAUGUGCUGUCUUGUGCUGGAUAUUCUCACGGGCGGUCUGUGGAGCUGGGUUUUGGGGCCCCUUCUUUCUAGACCUGUGUUUCAGGAAUCUCUCGUGCUAGAACAGUACGUGGCGCAGCUAAAUUCGCCGGGCGGCCUUCUCUACGAGCGCGGUGUGCGCCUAGUCUUGCCCCGACGGUCCGGGUGCCUAUCCCUAGAUUUUGUCGUGCCCCGACCGGAAUAG